AUGGAUCUUGAAUUGGGUGACCGCGACUUGUCAUCGACUGAGACAGGGAGCACGAAGAGGGCUAUGUGUCAAGCAGAGAAAGCUCGUGCGAUGCGGUCGACGCGCCUGUUUACUCAGGGGGAUAAUAAAGUCCUCCACUCAAAAGAUGGAAAGCAAUUCGUUGAUGUCUCUCUUCCUUGUUAUGCUGCUCACUGGAGUAACAGAACAGUGCGCUACGCCUUACUAUCCUUAUUAUCCCUACAACCCCUACUAUCCCUACUAUCCCUACUAUCCCUAUUAUUCUUUUGGAGGAGCCGGAGGAGUUGUAGACCCGCUGACUGGUGCAUUACAAGGAGCGAUCCAGGGAGGACUGAUGGGCCUACUGGCGGGCCGCUAGGUGAAACAUGCACCUGA